CUCCGUAGUAACACGAGCUCGUGGAAUCCUUCACGAAUAGCUAGCCGAAAGUCUGUUUGGCCGAAGAGCGCCUCCAAAAAAUAAGCGGAAACCCCCCUUUUGAAAGUACUUCGUCUCUUGCACUUCACCUGCAAUUACCACCCCCAGAACUCUCAGCUCAGAAUGUCGUGCCCCAAUUGUUUCAGCGGUCAUGUCCACCAAGGCACUCCCCGUGGUGAAGUCACCUCUCUCCACGGCUUACCGGCCUACAAGACCAAGCCUCUAAAUGAUGUACCUCAUCGGGGCAUUAUCAUCAUAGUGCCCGACGCCUUCGGCUGGGAGUUCGUGAACAAUCGAAUGCUGGCCGACAACUACGCCGAAAAGGGGAAGUACCUCGUUUAUUUACCUGAGUUCAUGAACGGGCAUGCGGCCCCAGUCGGUAUGAUGUCUGCGACAAAAGGGUUGCUGAAGACGAGCGGACUGACAACCUGGCUUAUGAAGCCAUACCAUCUAGCCUCAAUGCUCACAAGAAUGCUGCCCUUCAUGUACUACAAUACGUUCAAAGUAGCAUGGCCUAUCGUCAGGGACUUCUUCAAGUCCGUGCGCGAGAACGAAGGUGCCGAGCUUCCUAUCUACGGAGCAGGUUUCUGCUGGGGUGGAAAGUAUAUCGUCAAUCUAGCCGCCGGAGCGGACAUGGCCUCAAAUGGAAAACCACUGCUUAAUGCUGGGUUUACGGGCCACCCGAGCCUUCUCGAGAUUCCUAACGAGAUCGAGAAAAUCAAAAUCCCUGUAAGCUUUGCGCUUGGGGACAAAGAUAUAAUUUUGAAACCUCCACACAUUGAGCAGAUCAAACAAGUCUUCGCCAGCGAGUCUGGUGCUGGAAAAGGAGAAGUGGUGGUUUAUGAGGGCGCCGGCCAUGGCUUUUGUGUCAGGGCUGAUUUUGUUCUGGAAGAUGCGAGUAGACAGGCUGAUGAAGCGGAGAAUCAGGCACUGGCCUGGUUUGAGAAGUAUUAACAGAUUGGAGACACAUUGAUGUUCUAUAUUUAGUUCAAUCAAUUGAAGUAUAC